UAAAAAAAACUGUAAAAUAUACUUUAAGUUUAUGAAAUGUCCUUUUAUAAUUGUAAAUUUUGGUUGUUGAUAAAAAAAUAAUAGUUUGAUUUAAUGUGUGUAGUGUAGAUGACCCUAACUAGUCUCAAUAAUAAAUAUAUCUUCACAAUUACAACACAUAAACAAACGAGUCUGAUUCGAUCAACGAACACGUACAAGGUAUAGCAUGUACAUGUGAUCAUGCGUGGACUCGUUAUGCAUUUUUUUUACAUGUAUCUAUUAAAUAAUAUCUUCAGUUUUGAAAGUUCUGGCAUGUUUUGUGUUAAAAUUUUAUCUAUCUCAAAUGAUCACCAAUUUGCUAUCAUUUUCUUAUCUUUGCUAGGAUAAAUCACUGAUCAGAGUACGGUGUGCAUAUAUGAUAGUUUAAUUGGUUGAAUUUAAAGGUUUCUUUUUAUUAACUUCAAAAUUUUAUUUUGGAGAAACUCAAAUGAGUAAACUUUAUUCAAAAAAGAAGAACAAUACGUUGUUGAACCUUGAUCGAAUUAAGUAUGCCUGUCUUAUUUUGUAUAACAACAUGUAUUGUAUUAGCAAACCCUUUCCUAAAAAAAACAUGUAUUAAAUAGGCUCGACUUCGAAUCCAAAUAAUGAUACGAAUACUAUUGCUAUUAUGCAAACUAUUAGCCUACUAUUGCCAUAUGUUUUAGUAGAUUCAUCAUAUAUAUUAAUUAGACUACAGAUAAUAAGAGUAUGAGACAGACAGUGAACAUGACAACAAUCUAUAACCCUAAUAUUUUCAUAUUUGAAUUUGGAUCGACCUGAAUGAUUAACAUAGAAGAUAUUGCUAGCUAUAAACCAGGAUAUUGAUAUUUAGAUUUUAGAUCGUAAUUUAAGUUGUUGAUCGCCGAAAAUGGAAUACAUAUACUAUAUCAGUCAAAUAAGUUUACUAUACAUAUCAACAAAAAAAAUGGUCAUGUGGAUAUGAACCAGCCAACAAAUGAUCAAAAAGUUAGCUAAAAAUGUAAUAAAUAGGGAUUGUAACUAUUAAUAACCAGCGUUGUUAUUUCUAUUUGCUAGGCUAGCUAGCACAUUGGCUUUGCUAUAAGUUAUAGUGGACCAAUAUAAUUGGUUUAUUUGCCGACUGAAGUUUAUUUUUUUUUUUGAACAAAGCCGACUGAAGUUUUUACCAAGGUAUUUCCUGUUAAAAAAAAACUUUUACCAAGGUUGUAACUUGUAUGAAACAAAAUUUCUGUGUAUCUAUUUCGUCAGUAUGUUUUAUGGCUAGAAUUUCUAUUGUAUCUAUCUUUUCGGUAUUCAUAGCUAUUUGUCUGUUACUAUCACACAUCUAUCUCAUUAGUAUUAGAAAUGGAAUAGAUGUGUAGUAUUAAUUAAUAACUAUAUCUACAGACUUUAGCUAUUCUUCUUUUACAAAAGGUUAGAGAAUUUAUACCCGACAAUUGAUAGGAGACUUAUAAUGUAAUUAAAUAGAGUAGGGUAAUUACAAUUAAGGGCAUAAUCCAUCGUUUUCACUUCAUUGAUCUCACGUUUAUUCUAGACCUUCCACCUGUGCCCAUCUCAUGCCAUGAUCAUACAACAACUCAACUCUAAAUUACUAUUGCGAACCGGCUGCUAAAAAGUUUCAGCAUGUUCACUCAUGAGUCAGCAUUUUUAGUUGUAAUAUAUGACCUGCUCAUACUUUAUUACACUUAGAGCACGGUUAAUGGAGGGUUCUUAGGAUGAAAUUCUUAGCAGAAUAUAAGAAACCAUCUCUUAGUUUUUAAUUUAUUUAAGAACCGGUUUUUAACUUUUUUAGUCAAAAUCUAAGAACGUUUUUUUAUAUUUCAUUAAAAACCCCCAUUAAACAUGCUCUUAUGUUUGUCAAAAAAGCAAACUCAUUAAUUACGCCUUAUAUGACUACUCUUAAUCAGACAACUAAUGACUGUCGUGUGCCAUAAUUUUUGUAAAGAUGGAUUGGAUACGGAUUGAUGUUUCACCUCUUCGAUAUUAUGUAAGACAACAUCUAGCUAUCAUUCGUACACAUAAUAGUUUAUUCGUGGCUAUGAAUUGUUGAAUUUUUAUAAUGAAGUUAACACAGCUUGAAGUCAUGUGAACUAAUUAACUAAUUAUUUCUAGGUUGUGUGGCUGUACGAUUGAUACUUCAACUACCAAAAUUGUAAGAAAUCAUCUAAAUGAACCAAAGUACAUUUAUUUCGUUACAAAUCAAAUGAUGUGUGUCUGUUUAAAAAUGAAUCGUUGUCGCCAAAAAUAGACUUUACAUUGUGACGUAGACGACAUGGAAAGUAUAUCCUGAACCAUGCAAAUCAAAGAACAAGAGAAAAAAAAAAUCUGAAAAUAGAAAUUCAAUAGAGAACUAAAACGUCUAGAAUUGGAGCACGAAGCAAAUAAAACCACUUAUUUGAAAAAAACGGAUUAUGUUAGUUUGUAUAAUAAAUGAAACAAUAGUUUUCUUCGUAUACUUUUUUGGAGAAUCCUGAGAAUUUGUGCGUUUUCUUCUGGACGAUAUGGAAACUAUACCAUGAACCAUGAUACAUCCUCUGUUUCAUUAAGAUAGAAAUUUUAGAAAAAAAUUUUGUUUCACAAAAAUAUAUUUUUUAUGUUUUUUAAAUAAAAAUUACAAAUUUUAAUAAAAUUAAUUGAAAAACUAUUGAUUAAAAAACAUUGAAAUUUGAUCAUUUUAAAAAAUGAUGUAUGAUUAAUGUAUUUUUUUAAUAUAUGUGAAAAUACCAAAACAUAUAUCUUUAAAAGGCGGAGGGAAAAAACAGAACGAAUAACUUUUAAGGUGAUGACUGACAUUCUAAACAGCAUGAAUACUCAGCUUUUCCAUAGAUUUUAGGACUAGUUUGGACUUCGAUCCCAAUUAACUUUUCCCCAUUACCAAUAUAUAUACCGUCUUAAAUGAAGAUUACUAAAGCUGAAAGAAACUAAAACAGAACAGUAACUAAACUAUAAAUUGUCGUACCAUUGAAUUUUUAUGUCGCCUAGGCAUCAAAUGAUGUAGUGCUAUAAAUUGUCAAUUGAAAAGUAAACGUUAAUAACAUUUCUUUCUUUUAAACAAAGAGUAAAUGUGGACGUUAUUAAACCAUUCUUUGGACAAGCAACCAACACAAUUAAAUUCGAUUAGAUUAACGAACAACGUUUGGUCCAGUGAUCUGUUCGAGCUGGAAAGGAUAAACAGAGGCGGAAUUUACAAGUGGUUGAUCUUAAGAAAACUCAGUAUAUAAGUAAAUGCGCGAUAAUACAGAAAAUGGAUAAUAUCAGCAAUCAAGAAUAUAAAAAUCUUAUCAUAAGUCUGAAAUAUAGUUUCGUUACACUGUAUUAAUUGGAUGAUUUUCAGAAAACACAGUAUACGUACCAUUCAACAUGCAAAGCUAUAAAAAAGAAGACCUAUAACAAGUGAAGAUUUAUUGUCUUUAUAUUCAAAGAAGAAAGGGAAAAUGAUCACUUGGAGGUUGGCUUAUAAUGAAGUGAUGAAGAGCUUCCAGUGAGUUACAACGUUAGAUUUUGUUAAGUUUUAUAGGCUUCCAACUUGAAACAAAAAUUUGGUUAUAACUGGAUUCGCCCAAUUUUUUAAUAUAUAUUAACCACGUCUAAUAAUCUUGAUCUUGAAGUAAGAGUUUUUAUUCUCACAAGUUCAUUAAAGAAACACGUGAAAAGAGUAUCUAAUUCGAUUCUAAUAUAGUGAGGAUAAUUCCGAUAUUUCAUUGAUCUGGUCGAGCUUCUUAUGAUCUGAUCAGGUAGAGUCUUAGGACAUCACUAGUUUCUCCAUUACCAUCCACAAACACAGUUUUUGCGGAUGGUAACGGUUACCGACGUUUUGUAAUAAUUACAGAAAACACUAUAAAUCGUUUCAAAUUGUGUUAAAGCUUUUAAAUUUAAAAGUUGAUUCUAAUUAGUAUUUGCGAUUACAGACGGUUAUAGAAGGAUAAAUAAUUAAAUUAAAAUUAAAAUAAUAGAAAUACUAAAAAUAUAUAUUAUAAAACUUUAAACGAAAAAUAUUUUCAAUUAUUUAAAAAAAAAUAAUAAUAAAAUUUUAUGAUUAUUAUAAUAAUGUGUUUUUUAAUAGUUUUAUAAUUAUCUAAAAUAUAAAUAUUGUUAAUUUAGCUAUUACCAAAACUCCACUUUUUUGCUUCAAUCACUAUUGCAUUCGGUAGUUAACCAAUUAUAAAUAUUUUCAAAUGCAACAAUUUUUAACAGAUGUACUAACAUGGGUGAAUCUAGAGGAUUUUUUAUGGUUCACAAAUGGUAACAAAGGAAAAAUCUGAGGAUUUGGUUAUAAAAUAAUUGAUGCACAACUAAAUUUUAGACAUAAUAUGGUUAUAACUUUAUUAAAAAAUAUUAAAUUUCCAAGUUUUAGUGGGUGCACGUGUCCCUAUGCUUAACAAGCUAGAUUCGCCACCGUGUAUUAAUCGUACAAGUCUCUUAAUAACGCUUAAAAAUACAACCAUCCGCUUCCGUAAAUGUCCGCACUGCGAUUAUGCCACAAUUGACUUGUAAUCUUUAAACUUUGAUGGUGAAAUAGAUACGAAAAAAGAUACGGGAAACCUAGGUAUCUGGAUUUGGAACCCAACUUGUUAAAUAUUGUGUAUUUGUCGUUUCGACUGCUUUUGGGUUAGUAUAAAAGUCGUCUGAUGAACUGAGUCUGUAUAAAGUUCUAUAGUUUGCACACUACUGGCUAGUGGCUACUAAUUUCAGGAUGAAAAUAGUGAAGAGAAGGAAUGAUUCUCAACACUAAUUAAACAUGAUCUUAAUCUCACCUAUAUAAUCGGUAUAAACUAUACUCGUAACUGCAGUGCCAACCCUUUGAAUGGUAGUGCCACGUACGUGAAGAGAGAGACAUAGAUAGAAGAGUAAGGGAUGACUUUUUAGAGAAGCAAAGGAAAAUGAGUAAAUGCUCUUCGCUGUCUCUAUUGACUCUUAAUCUUUUUUCCCUUAAAUAAAAGACUUCUUAUUGGGAUCAGCAGCCACGUAGAUGAUUUAUUUGUUUUCUUUUUUCAAUAUUUUUUUCUUGUAGAGGUUACGUUAAAAAUAAAAGUUAUAAUAUGAGGUUUCUCAUAUGUUCAGAACUUCAGAUGAUAAAGACAAAAAAAAUUGUAAGAAAACAAAUAAUAAAAAUUGUAAUUCAUCGGCUUUAAAAAACUGUAAUUCAUGCGCUAGCGAUCAAUUCGGUUUAAAUAUGUGUAUGGUGUGUCUUAAUUUCAAUGCAUAUAGAUCCAAAAAACGACCCAUGUGACCUAGACGCUUGUCUUUCUCUCUAACAUCCAAACUCUUUGCUGAAACCUCCCUUGUAACAAGCAAACAACAACAAAGAGGAUCAAAACGAAGACUCUUUCAAAACGAAGAAGACAAUCUUGGAGUUUUACUAGUUACUAUAAGCUUAUACACACACACUGUACCUCGCUAUACCUGAGUCUAUAUAAUAGAGAGGGGAAGAACAAAAGAAACAGAGGAGACGAUCAAGAGCGUAUCCGUGUGGAUAUGGGUAGACCACCUUGUUGCGAGAAGAUAGUGGUGAAGAAAGGACCAUGGACUCCAGAAGAAGACAUAACCUUGGUCUCUUAUAUCCAACAACAUGGCCCUGGAAACUGGAGAUCUGUUCCUAAAAACACCGGUUUGCUAAGAUGUAGCAAGAGUUGCAGACUUAGAUGGACUAAUUACCUUCGUCCCGGGAUUAAACGAGGAAAUUUCACUCAGCAUGAAGAGAAAACGAUCAUCCACCUCCAAGCUCUUUUGGGUAACAGAUGGGCAGCCAUAGCAUCAUAUCUACCUCAGAGGACUGACAACGAUAUCAAGAACUAUUGGAACACUCAUCUGAAAAAGAAACUCCAGCUGCAGCGUCAAAAUGGUAUCACCAACGAAGACAACACCGAUAUGACAGAGAUGUCGUCUUGUAACAACAACAACAACGUAUGUACCAACAGCAAAAGAAUCGCCAACAAGGGACAAUGGGAGAAAAAGCUUCAAACAGACAUCAACAUGGCCAAACAAGCCUUGUUCCAAGCCUUAUCACUUGACCAACCAACUUCAUCGAUAUCUCCUGAUCUCGGCUCGCCAAAACCUCAUCAUCAUUCUGCCACCGCUUCUUAUGCCUCAAGCACAGAUAACAUAUCUAAGUUACUACAGAACUGGACAAGCUCAUCUUCUUCAGUACCUUACACUUCAUCAUACUCCAACAACCGGAGCUCGAGCACUGGCGAAGGAGGCGUUCUUGAUAAACACGCUUUGUUCUCACCGAGCUCAGAAACUGGAUCAGUUGAUGAGAAGUUAAAUUUGAUGACGGAGACAAGUAUUUUUAAAGGUGAGAGCAAACCAAUCGUUGACACGGAAGCAACUAUUGAUGAUCAUAGCUCGUUGUCUUUGAUCGAAAAAUGGUUAUUUGAUGAUCAAGGCAUGGUCCAGUGUGAUGACGAUCAAGAAGAUCUUAUUGAUGUGUCUUUACAGGGUAAAAAUACUGAUAACAACCAUCAAGAUGUAUUCUAGGUACAUGGAGCAACACUAUAGAUCUACCAAGUGUAGGUAGUCUAGUGGUCGUCCUAUCAUCCAUAAUGAGGUUGCUCUCUGCACCCUAGUUCGAACCUUGUUUGGGGGAGAUGUAUUUAUCAUAAAAUGGUGACGGCCGAGAAAAAGCUACGGGUCAAAAGAUUCCAAAACUUCGUUAGAGGAAAAAAAAAACUAUAUAGGUUACUUUUUAUUAUUAUUCUCCUUUAUGAACUUUAGUUAGGUUUUAUUUUACUGUAUGGCUUGCUUGUUGUCAAGUCGAUCGAUGAGAAUAAAACUGUCAAUUGUGUAAUUUACUAUUUGAAGUUAAAAAUAGUGCAAUAAACUAAGUUUUCCUGUUUUAAUA